CACCGUACCGACGUUCGGUAUACUAGUCCACAUUUUUGGCGGCAGCCGCCCAGUCUACGGUCCAAUCCCCGAACCGAACGGUCGUCCGAAAUACUUAGCGAACGAGUGUGGUUAGCAGUUCAGUAGAGCGGCAAAAUGGACGCGCGCUUUAGAAGCAAUCUCGACAUGAUCGGGCGCAACGAGCCCAUCACAAGGAAGGCCAAAUUCUGGCAGAGUUAUGUUCGGGCCUUAAAAGGUACCGAUGAUAUCAGAGCCCCUGAACACACGCACAGACCCCGCAGCAUUUUCCGCUCGGAUUAUCCUGAGCUGCUGCAUUCCACCUCGUGGCCAUUUGGAAAAUCUAUCUUUGAAAACCCCAUUCAUGCAGCUGAUCGCAUCAAUGUUCCUGGAUACAGGUACCUGCCCGUCCACCGUGAGAUCUACGGUUAUUCACCGAGGCAGAUCUACCCGCAUCAAUACAAACCUAUAGAACGCUUCACCCCUGCGAAACCAUUCGACCCUGAGAAAGCUUGGGCCGAUCAUCUGAAUCGCUUGGCAGACAUCGACAGGCUGUAUCCCAGCAAAACGCCUUUGCUGGCUCGGCAUAUAAGCCCUCCGCUCAGUACCAAACGAUUGUUCGAUAUCCACGGAAACUUGGUAACCGAUUACGAUUACUUACCAUCGUUCCCCUCGUUGCUACGUAAAAAGCCACUGUUUGACCUUCUCGAGCCAUCACCAAUGGCGCCCGUGAGUGCUUUCACCAGAGACCCGUGGUGGUACCCUAGCUAUGCUCCCUAUAUUCCGAGCUAUGCUCAAAGAGUCACCCCGUUCUAUCUGAGGGAUAGUUACCUCAGUCCUGUUAAACGUAGCUACCUGUGGAGUCGACAUCCAAUCAGGCCUUUCGGAUCGUUAUACUACUAUUAUUCGCAGCCAGUUCCACGAUUUCACUUUACCCGCCCGUGGUAUAAUAAACGUACCACAUAUUAAGAAACAAACUCACGCCUACUGAUGACUGUGUCGCCCCGCAUGGAACGCGUGAUACGAAAUAAAGCGAUGAAAAAAGCCAAAUAAAAUUACGAAAAAAGAUAACAAAAAAAAAAAAAAAAAAAA